CGAGAUGCGAGCGGAUCGCGUAACGUGAGGCCGUUAACGCAAUAAAUACGCGAAACUCCUUCGCGUUGCACGCGCGCGCGCGCGCGCGCGAUAAAACAACCUCAUUUCGCCGCGCGAAAUUCUCGUCGACGUCGCGAGAAAUCACGGCAGUUAUCCAUCGAGGAGUGCGCGCGCCCCGAUCCUUUUUCUUAACGUGCGUUUUUGCAGCAUCGCUGUGAAGGCGUUUAUUAUGUGCGACUGUGUGCACGCGACGACGUGUCUACGAGCGCAGUGACGCGAUGAACGAGUCGACGUUGUUAUGUAGGGCACGACGAUGUCGGGUACUUGCGCGACGUUCGCCUCCUCGACAAACUCAGCGCCGUUCGUUUCACUCGAAAUAUGGCACGCGAAUUGUGACGAAUGUUCGGUCCUUUGCGCAUAGUCAUUCGAUAAACCUGUCAAUCUUCGAACGUCGAGGAGAGAUCGUGGUCCAUUUAAAUAGGCUAUGAUUAUUUAAAUGACCAUGUUUAUAUUUAAUUUGGAGUUAACAUGUUAGAUGACGGACUCAAGAUAGUCCUUCCGCUUGAUAACAUGUCAGAUGGAGUUGAUGGCGGCGGUGGGGAAAACGAGGUAGACUCUCAUUCCUCUUCGCAAGCCGAGGCCGGAGACUCUUCCAAUCACAGGGAGGAGGAGGCGUUGGAUCCUGAUAACGAGGCGGCUCUCAACACCAAUUAUGACAGUAGCGACGGAGCAGUCCCUGCAUUUAGAUGCGAUAGGUGUGACAAUUAUGAGACUAUAAACAAGACAGCUUUCUCCGCUCAUCAAGAUCAAUGUCUGGCGAGCGGCGAGGCGGGGGAGAGUGCUGAGGGUAUAGAGGGUGCAGAGAAUGACGGAGACGGAGAAGAGGGCCAUUCUGGGAUCAGGUCUCAUAGAAAGAUGUUCGAAUGUGAUGUUUGUAAUAUGAAAUUCUCGAAUGGAGCUAACAUGCGGCGGCACAAAAUGAGGCAUACGGGCGUGAAGCCGUACGAAUGUCGAGUAUGCCAGAAGAGAUUCUUUCGGAAGGACCAUCUUGCGGAGCAUUUCACGACGCAUUCAAAAACUCUGCCGUACCAUUGCCCGAUAUGUAACCGCGGUUUCCAACGACAAAUCGCGAUGCGCGCACACUUUCAGAACGAGCACGUCGGCCAGCACGAUAUGGUCAAGUCGUGUCCACUUUGCAACUAUCGCGCGGCGACUAUGAAAUGCCUUAGGUUGCACUUUUUUAAUAGACAUGGAAUAGAUUUAGAUAAUCCAGGACCAAAUAGCUCUACGUCCAUAAUGAAUAGUUGCACAUCCGGGGAGGCGAUGCCGUCGGCACCCCUGUCCGACAGCGGGGACAGCACUGGCAACCGUUCCACCGACAACGCUACGCCACCCAUGCAUUUCCUCACGCCUCACGUGGAGAUAUCCAUUCCUUACCCCGAACAGGCUGCCAACCAGCGAAAUCCGAGUCCCGCUCCAUUGAACGGCGACAGUCCCAAUAGUCCGCAGAGCGCCGACAGCAAUAGCAACGCGCCGAGCAGUAGUCAUCAUCAAUUAACUAUCAAUAGCAGCACCAUCCAUAGGAAUGUAGGCGGAGGCGACGAGGCCAUCACACCGUCCAUCUCUCUGAUACCCAUCAAGCAGGAGCCGAACAGCAACGGCAUGGACGACAGCGGGGCGACGUCGAGCAACUUGUCGCUUCCGUCGUUGAUCAAGGUGUCGCCGUUGAAGUCGCUCCUGCGCGACGAUCUGCGCCGCAAACUCUCCACAAGUUCCACCAAUAAUAACAACAACAGCAGCAACAACAGCGGUGGCGGUACUAAUUCCAAUCCGCACUCGAGGGGCGAGCCACCCACUUCGACCAGGCCGGAUCCGCGCACGAGCGGCCUCCAGUGCACCCACUGUCGCAUCACGUUUCCGGAUCAGACGUUGUACUUCCUUCACAAAGGUUGUCACAGCGAGAGUAACCCAUGGAAGUGCAAUAUUUGCGGGGAGCAGUGCUGCAAUCUGUACCAGUUCAACUCGCAUUUACUGAGCAAGAGUCAUCAGUAGCUGGGAGGAGAAAAGACAGACCCGCGAUUAAAAAUUCGUCUUUCCUCUUUUCGUUUCUUCUACUUCUUUCCAUCUUUAUUGAAUGAAACAAAACGGCAGGAGAACCGUGCGUAUAUUCGUACGUGCAUUCAGUGUUCAUUAGCAUGAAGGUGCAAGUAUUUUCUGCGACGUGUCCAGACAUACUCCUCGCCAAAAAAGUAAUUUCGAAAAUCGCAAAACAAUGCGCCCGCUCCGUCUUUCGCUGAAACAUGACGGUGAGUCAAUUGUAAAUUGUUUUUAAAAGAGAAAGAGAGAGAGAGUAUGUCUGCUUUCUCAGAAAAUAAUGUACAAAGCGCGACAAAUUGUGCCUUUUCUUUAAGACAGGGAAAGAGAGAAAAAUUCGCGAAAGAGAAAAAAAAGAAAUUGCCAACACACACUCGUCCAUCAUGCUGUUAUAUUGUAUGAACUAUCCGUCCAUAGAGCUUUAUCAAGAUAUUUCGAGCUCUAUCAUUAGUCUUAAUUUAGCGAAAUAAGUAUGAAAACACGACGGAUCGCCCCGUUGAUAAUUGCGAGAAGUAUAUUAUAUAUAUAUAUAUAAUAAAUUAAUAAUAUAUAUAUAUAAUAUAUUUAUAUAGCUGCGCCGUAUUUCGUCGCGAAAGAAAGUACGUUAAAAUUUCGGAUAAAUAGAUAGGGAUUAUCCACUUGACGCUACGCGGUUCCAGUGCUCGAGACGAACGCGACGACUAUAGUCUGGCCUGAAUAGCAGGCCAGACGAAAAGAAGGGGAAAAAUGCAUUUAUUAUUGUCCUCUAGAAAUAAAGAAAAAGAAUUUUUAAAAAAGUACAUUUAUAGCUUCUAUGAACUACAAACUUAAAUGCAAGAGCUUAGAUUUACUGUAAUGAAAAAAUAAGCGAUAUAGCAGAUAGAUUGAUCUUUAAAUAAUCUUAGCGAUUUCGAUUUCUGCACAGAUUUAGAAAGAGAUGACUGUUAAAAUAUUGCAUAAAUUCGGAAGGAAAUUUGAAAAAUCUGGAACGUCGCGUUGGUCGAAAGCAUAUCGGUACCGUGUAUUGUAUAUCUCGUAUCGACACACGUGGAUACACGAUGGGUCGCGACAAUGCGUCAGCUAGGAUGCGAUCUCGCCGAGGUAUUGUCGGGUUCAUCUAUCUUUUUUUUCCUUAGAUAGGAACAUCGGUGUUAACCGAAGGGUGAUUGUACAGGGCACAAAAGCCAGCCGGGCGUGCGUUAAUUAUUAAUAUGAUCCAGGCGGCAGGUCCGAGAAAUGCGAUUUUCGGUUCGCUACGACCGGGAUCACUUUUCUCCAUCUUCUGCCUUUGAUUCGAUAAAUAUUUUAUAUAUAAAUAUUUGUACAGGAAAAAAAAAGAGUAUUAGAUGAGAGCACGAAGGGAAGAAAAAUCGAGAUAGCAUAUAUAUGUAUAUAUAUGUAUGUGUAUAUAUAUAUGUAUAUAUAUAUAUGUAUGCACGUAGAGAAUUACACAGACAGACACACACAGAUAUAUAUAUAUAUAUGUAUACACAGAUAAUUAUUAUAUGAAUAUAAAAUAUAUAUAUAUAUAAAUCUAUUCUGUCUCACAGGAUGGAGACAUACACACACAUACACACGUACAUACGGACACUGCUGUAAAUGGUUGUAGUUAUUUAAAAUAACUAUUCUGUAUAUCGUGUAGUAUUUAAUACGAUUAUUUAUUAGAGUCUAAGUAAUUUAUUAUUGCUUUGCAUUCCAAGAGAGGUCCGAGACCACGGGACUAUGCGAUUAAGCGAAUGUCUUAGCGUUAACGGUGCUUUUCUAACAGAGCCGAUCGCGUGAUGUAACUUAACGAAUUUUCACACGUAAAGAAAGGGGGGGGGGGGAGAAAGGAAAAAAAACGAU